CCCAUGUCCGCCCAAAGAGAGCCCUUGUCAGAGCCCCCCUCCCCCUUCACCACCGCCACGCCCAGCCCAGGCGACUUUUGCCGGGCCCGUCCACGGCGGCGCUCGAAAAAAAAACUAAGGGUCGAGCGGCGCGCGCCUCGCGUCAAAGUAAGUCAUGGUCGAUGCCGCCAUGUGAUCGCCGGCGAGGCGUCGUCGUCGUCGGCCUAA